CUGCAAUUUGUCCGAAAUCUUUCCUUCACCAGUCUCCCUGUCACCACAAGUGGUGCCUGGCAAAGCGCUCCAACGACCUACCGCUGUCGGCGAGAUGGUGUCUGGGAGAAUUUGACACAAUCUGCGCCGUAUCAUGGACCUGACUGCGGACUUCAAGUCCUUUCAGGACCUUGUUCAAGCCUCUCUCAUCAAUGUGACGCGAAGCGCGACCCAGGUGUCGAACCAAGACUUGGGUUUCCACCGCUCCUCCUGCGACAAGCUGUCUCGCGCCCUCGAUCGUCAAGAUGCCCAUCUCCUGCGCCUGACAAGCAAACUGCUCAAGGCUGCCGCUCAGGACACACCACUCAAACCUCCUACGCUGCAAAACCAGGAUAGCGUAGAAGAUAAUUGGCGUGGCAUCGUUGAUGUCGUUGAUGGCCUUCUUGAGAAAGCUGAUUCUGCGCUUGAUGAGUUCUCUGGCAUCAUCAAACCACAGGAAGUAACUCGCCAAGAUGCCGACUCUCCCAGACCUUCAAAGACAGGGUUGGGUUUUCAGAGAUGGGCUGCAACCAACAUACCCAAACCUCAGGUCUUUUUUGACAGACAGGUGAACAAUUCUGACUCGACCCCCUUCAAGCCCUUGCUCCAGACGAAGCCUCACGCUAUUGUCCCGCUGGAAGAGAGCCUCGGAGAUGAGGACACAGGAUACAAUCACCCGUACGAACGAGAACUAACUGACUACAAAUACCCUCCUUCCGUCUACAAAUUCAAGCAGCCGAUAGCGUUCACGCCAAUUGACGAAAGUGAGCACAUCUUUGUUGACACAGAAGAAGGCGUCAUUGAAAUGCUAGAAGAGCUUAAAGGUGCUGAAGAGAUCGCGAUCGAUCUCGAGCACAAUGACAUGCGUUCCUACGUCGGGCUGGUCUGUCUCAUGCAGAUCAGCACGCGCGAAAAAGAUUGGAUCGUUGAUACACUGAAACCAUGGCGUGAGAAGCUGCAGAUGCUUAACCAGGUUUUCGCGGACCCGAAGAUCCUGAAAGUGCUACACGGUUCAAGCAUGGACGUCAUCUGGUUGCAACGUGAUCUGGGACUAUACGUUGUUGGUCUCUUCGACACCUAUCACGCAGCUUGUGCUCUGCAGUUCCAAGGGAAGGGGUUGAAGCACCUUCUUUUACAGUUCGCGAAUGUCCAUGCUCAGAAACAGUACCAGCUUGCGGACUGGCGGGUACGACCUCUCCCCAAGGAAUUGAUCGACUAUGCUCGCUCGGACACACACUAUCUGCUUACCAUUUACGACCACAUGCGAAACAUGCUUGUCAAUGGAUCGUCGGCCAAUGUCAACCUUACAGACUAUGUCCUGACGCAGUCGAAGAAAGAAGCCCUUCAAGUCUACUCUCGGCAAUUGUAUGACCUAGAAACAGGUGGCGGCCCACUUGGAUGGUUUGGAUUGCUCACCCAGAGAUUUGUCAACCUGAGCAAAGAGCAGCUCGGGGUCUUUCGCGCUCUUCAUGCCUGGCGAGAUCGCAAAGCACGAGAAAUGGACGAAGGUAUCCAAUACAUCCUGCCCAAUAGGACGUUGUGGCUAGUCGCUGAAAACAUGCCAACUUCGGUAUUCAAUUUCCAUCAGAGCUGCAGAGGGGACUCAAAGCUAGUCUCGGAUCGUAUCCCUGAAAUUAUCGAGAUUGUCAAGCAAGGCAAAGUUGAGGGCAAGAACGGCAAGUCACAUGCGGAGGUGGUCCAGCACUGCGAGAAAACCCUUGGCCCGACAGCCCGCAGACCGCGGGAGAAAAAACAGCAACCUCAGAGCACAUAUUCUGGAUUGGGUGCCACUUUGAAGCAAUUGGCUGCUACCCCAGCUUUGACGCCGCUGGAUCACGAUGAACUCGUGCCCACUGUGAACAGAUCGUCUGCUUCGAUAUUCUGGGGCGAUGUGACACCACAAUAUCAACAGACUCCCACAGAUGUUGCCACUGCAGUUGCUGCACUCUCGUCAAUCGUCCCGCUUCGACUGCUCGCUGUCGAAGACGCCGAAAAAGGGGAAGAAAACCUUGCUCAGCUUAUAUCUACUCAAGCCCAAACGGAAACCUGGAUUGAACCGACGAAGAAACUCGAUCCAUGGCCCGCUACACCAAAAGAUCAACUCCGCUCCAAAGCCAACGAGAUCUUCUCGCUCAACGAGUUGUCACGUUCAAAGGGCAAGAAGCGGAAGACAGACGAAUUUAAUGAAGACAUCAACGACAACGAACUGGCUGUGCUUGUUUCUUCCUCGGGCGCCAUAAACGGUACCACAGCAGCUAGUGAGGUUGCAGUUCCAACGUCUGCUUCUCCCUCCCAAACACCUCAAAAUACCGAUGCAGAGCGGAACCCGGAAUUCGAAGCAAAACGUCAAGCUAAGAAGCAGAAAAAGGCUGAGAAGAAGGCUCGCAAGGAAGCUGCGAAAGCUGCAGCUGAGGCUGAAUUACAAGCUACGCAGCCGUUCGAUUAUGGGAGUGCGCCAUCCCUGCUAAAUCCUGGUCCACAACCAUCGUCACAGCUAGGCAGCGGUGGUGGCACUGCGGAAGGUCGUGGACAAGGACAGCAGGUGCCCCAAAAGAAGAUUAUGAACCCUUUUGCAAAAGCAUUGGAUACGAGCACGGGCGCGAGACGUGGAAAGAUGAGCAAAGAGCUGCAGGGCAAGAGUAUGACUUUCAAUUCUUGAUGGAAGUGCUGGCUUUGCAGGAUGCUCUUUUUGCUCUGCUAUGCCAUCCUUCUCCAUGUUUUCGAGGAAUAAGCUAGCUUUGUGCACACCCAUACAUGUUCGAGCUGCUUGGUCUGCUGAGAACGAGAACUACGGUCUAGCUCGUGGAUUUGCCCAAAUCUUGAAUGCGUUCGGUUGAGCAGCGGAUAGCAAACCAAUAUCACCUCUUGAGCCUCCC